AUGUGUCUAUCCAAAAAAGAGGAUGCCGAUAACACUGACGAAUUCAGAGUCCAAACAUGGAAUCCACUGCGCUUAGCGGUUCUGCGCCUAGGACUGACCGAGCCGUUGGCCACGUCGCCGCUGAACUACGGAAAAUACGAAGGCGAAUUUAAAUGUGCAUACUGUGGAGAGACGCUGUUUGACUCCAACGCCAAAUAUGACAGCGGUAGUGGUUGGCCUUCGUUCUGGCGUAGCGCUUCGGAGAACGCUGUCCAGUAUAAGCGCGAAAUGAAUGGCAGUCUCGAGUGUCAAUGCAAGCGAUGUUCCAGUCAUUUGGGACAUGCUUUCUUGGACGGACCGAGCCCG